AUGAAGGUUAUCGAAAGGGGCAGCGACCGAAGAGCACAGGUCAACAUCUAUGUCGAUGGCCAGGUUGCGGCGCUUGAGGAAUACGAUCAGUACAUCGACCCACGGGACAACGCCAUCUGCUGUUAUGUGGUCAUUGACGAAGGUCACAAGCCUCGAGUUGGCGGCAGGUUCACGGGCACCACUCUGGCCGUGGCCUAUGAUACCAUUGUGGACGGAGUGCUACGAAAAGCCAACUCAUAUGUCGCAAAAGCUGUAAGCUUGCAGACCAACAGGAAGAUUGAUACCGAAAAGUUCCUAUGGAAGAAUGGGAAAGAGAUCAUCGACACUGAGAUGACCGCAACUCCUCUCUUGAAUGUGGUCAUGGCACAAGGUGACGAGCCUGAAACCAUCGGAACGAUCGAGCAUCGCUUGUACAUCACGCGACAAUUGGGUGUUUCUCACGAAGUCAGUAACGUGAGAAAAUACUACGAAAUCGAAGGUGGUGUUGAAGAGGAUCAUCCGGGCAGCACCGAGCAGAAGGCAAGCUACAUGAAGGUACCUCCAACUCUGAAGAUGUCUUUGGAAGAAAAUAUCGUUCCGUUGGAGGGUACGCAGCCGAACCUGCACAAGCGCAGGGCAGAUGCAAAGCGUCCAGGUCCGGAGCCAUGGGCCAUCUUUCGUUUCCACUAUCGCAGUGAAGACGAUAUGGAGGACCGAGACAUGAUCAUGACCUUUGACCCCAAAGAUCCGGGAUUGGCAGACCCGCAUACUCUAGCGCUGGAGCCUCUUCCUCCUCUGGUUUUGGGUGCAAGGCCCGCAUCAAAGAACGACGGAGAUGCCUCGUCGCGAUCCGAAUCGCCAAUGCCUUCCACGACGCCAGCGAAAAGCGCACAGACAGCCCCAAAGAUCUCCAGCCCCAUUCAGAAGAAACCUGGACCCAAAUCAAAGACCCCCGAAGCAACUACGAUGGCAUCUCCUCGAGCACAAGCGCAGAUUGCCAAUGGAGAUACUGAUAACAGCACCUCUACCUCUCAUUCCGGUAGCGGUGGUGAGAAAGUUACAGAAAAGAUCGCCGCUGCGCCUUCUGUACCGGUAGCCGACAUGAUCGCGAAAGUAUCCAGCCUUCCAGAAUCAAGCACUAAGCCGGCAAAUGCGCACGCAGAGAAGUCCGUAUCCGUAGCCAAGGCGACUACCAAGCAGCCUCCGCAAACGCCCAUCACUCCAGCAAAUAAGGCGACCGGGAAAUCAGCACCUGUCACUACCAACAUUACCAACGGUCAGAAGAAGUCAGAUACGCCCCCAGUGGCAGUCGUACCAGUCAAACGUUCAUCUACUACCGCCAAUGGUAUGACACCGGAGCCAAAGCGUGCGAAAUCCGUACCUACGCCUGUGCCGACAUCUUUGCCACCCUCCACCUUGCCUACAGCUCCGCGCUCAUCAACACCCAAGACGCUUUCCAUCGAGCGCCAGCUGGCAGAUCAACGAAAGAAGCUCGAUGAUAUGCGCAAGAGGCGUGCGGAGACCGCUGAGAAGCAGGUGGAAAUCGAUGCGCAGAUGGGACCCUACAAGCAGCGUAUGGCGGAGGAGCUGGAUCGUCUCAAGCGAGAGAUGACGGAAGAAGAGAGUGCGUACACUGAGGAGGCAGAGCACUAUAACGCCAGCGUUGAGGUCCUGCAGGAGUUCAAGAAGGCGGACGGCGACAAUAAGUAG